AUGGGCUUCCUCUCCUCGGCUUUCGGUUUAAGUCUAUUCGCCGCCCUCGCCGCCAUUCUAAUUCCCUGGGGAAACCAUUUCAUCAAAAUUGGUGGUCCCUUCCUGACUCCAAACCCCACUGUGCUGGCCGAAGGCCAUGGUCCAAUUUACAUCGAGGACACCGUCCACUGCGAGGAUGUCCACCACUACCGCCCCGCGAACCUACUCUUUGCGGCAUGCGAGGACUUCAAGAGCACACGCUUUGACUGGUUUCCCCCGCUGGGGCAUUUGACACCUCGGCCUGAGGCGCGGGGGUCAAUUCAUGUUGUGGACCCGAAGACUAUGAAAUCUUCCCGUCUGGAAUUCGAGAACUUCGAGGGACCCUUUGUGACCCAUGGUAUUGACGUCAUCGAGGACCCCAAGCAGGCCGAUGCCGUCUACAUCUUUGCUGUGAACCACCUGCCGAACCCGGACCACUGGUUAGCCGAGGACGCCGACGAUAUUCCCAAGGCCCGUUCGCAAAUUGAACUCUUCCACCAUGUGUUGGAGUCCAAGACUGUGCAGCAUGUCCGUUCCAUCUGGCACCCGCUGAUUAAGACUCCCAACGACGUCUACGCUGACAGUCCCAACUCGGUCUAUAUUACCAACGACCACUUCUACCGCGAAGGACACAUGCGCCUGAUUGAGGACCUCUGGCCCUCCGCUAAGUGGACGACUAUUAUUCACGUCCAGCUCACGGACCUAAAGGCAAAGGACUCUGCGGGGCUCGAUGCCUCUGUCGCACAUUCUGGUUUGUGGAACAACAAUGGUCUCGGCCAUGGCCGCACUGAAGACGAAAUUGUGAUUUCUAGUGCUAUGGGCGGCGAGUUAUAUGUUUCCACGCGUCAUCCCAAUAACACUAUCUCGAUAAAGUCGACUAUUCCCUUCGAUACCGUCACAGAUAACCCCAGCUUCUUUGCGGAUCCUUACCGCACCAAUGCCGACGACGCGAGUGGUUACGUCGUGGCUGGAGUUACGCAGGGCCUUUACCUUCCGAAGACCGCCAAGGAUCCCGACGCUACUGACCCAUCUCAAGUCUGGUAUGCUCGGCCGAAGGGUGAUGGCUGGGAGAAGAAGUUGUUGUUUGAAGAUGAUGGUUCGCGAAUUCGCUCGGCUAGCGCUGCAGUCUUGGUUCCCAUUGAGCCAGAGAAGGGUCAGAAGAAGGCCUGGUUGUUUGUGACUGGCUUCUUGUCGGAGAAGAUGAUUGCUGUGAAGGUGGGUCUGUAG